AUGGCGACGACCAGCGAACGGAGGGCGUUGUCGACACGCUCGAUGCAGCCAACGAUUCUGCCCAAUAGGCCCAGGUUAUUGUUGCCCUCUUUCAAACGACCGCGCUCCCCCGAGCGGGACGACAGCAGGGCCGCCCAGAAGCGCGUUAAACCGACCUCGAGCAAUACAUCGACCCGCGAAUCGAAAAAGGACAGGCACGCCGAACGUGAGCAGCAACGACACGAGUUCAAGGAGAAGUACACAAGGGCGUUUCCCAAUUGGAGUUUCUAUGUCGAUUGUGAAAACAUCCAAGCAAAGCAGAGUAUCGUGGAUGAACUUAUUCUGCGGAUUGAGCAGCUAGGAGGGAAAGUGGAAGAUUUCUUUUCAAGAAGCGUUACACACCUGAUUACAGACAAACCUGUUCCACAGCUGGAGGAGACGAAGGAAAACCAUCCCAACCACAAGCAUUCGCCAUAUCCCAUCAAGAGCCCCGUGAAGCUGAAGUCACGGGUGGACAACAACGAGGUUGUGGCGAAAGCCGCCAGCUAUGGCAUCAAGAUCUGGAAUUCUACCAAACUGGAUAGUGUCUUGAUUCGGUGUUUGGAUGCAACGUCUGUCUUUGCUCAAGCACCUGCUAAACCCCAACCACCACCAACCCGACAGUUGGAGCGGCUCCUGACGAAAGAGAAGAUUCACGGACCUUCGGAUCGCGACCCUCUCCAGAGACGACACGACUAUCGUUACUUUGCCAAGGGCAGUUUCUUUGUUCUUGUGGAGGAUAUCUGGGAUCAAGUGGCUACGAUUGCGGUACAUGAGUAUCCACCAACCAAGGACCAGAAAGGCAAGGUACCAUGGCCGAUUCUGCAUUGUCACCCCCAGGCGCGGGGUCCGUUUAUCAGGUUUGAUGAGAAGGAGAAGGCGCGUUGGGAGCGAGCGCAGAAAGCAAAGAACAAGGCGGAGGCGGCGGAUCGAAAAGAGCAGGUUAUGCAACAGACGAGGAAGCAGGCUCAGCUUCACGUCAAAGCAAUGGGCGACCUGAGACGGUCGGUUUCGUUGAACAACCUACACAAGCGCAUGGUGGAACAGGGGAAGGAGAACCAAGAGGGUGAAUUGGACGGCGACGCGUUGGAAUCUGCGAACGCUUCCGGUUUCCUUGUGUCAGGCAAUGCUUCUGGCUACAUGGCUGCCUCUGGAAACAGUGUCACCAUCACUUCGACAACGGGGACGACGUCGACUGCGUCCGGCAGUCUGUUGCGCCAUGGCGCUCUUCCCUCUGCGAUGGAUGGAAUGUUGAAAAGACAAGUCCUGACGUCGCGCAAAGCGCUUGGCAAAGACAAGAAACUGGGAAAUAUGGAUCCUCCAUCAGUGAUUCCCAACCGGCAACCCCUCUUGCGAAAGAGCAAGAGUACGAAUACGCUCAAACUUCCGAAACGAGAGGAAGGAAGCAAACCUGGCUACUGCGAGAGUUGUCGACAGAAGUUCGAAGAUUUCAAAUCGCAUGUCACGUCUUCUAGGCAUCGACGGUUCGCUGAGAACGACAGCAACUUUGUGCAAUUGGAUACCAUUCUUGAUCGUAUUCAACGAAGACCUCUGUCGGAGAUGAAAGCGCAGGAAGCUCGGCAGGUAGUCGAGUGUGAGAAACGAUGUCGUCAAAAGAUGGCCCAGGAUGCUUCCCUCCCUCUCGAUUCGGAAACCCCUUGAUUCACCCACUUCGGAACGACACUUUCUUGUAUUACUAUGGACAAUGACAUCACGGGCAUUCAUCGGUCGAAGAGUGUUGAUCCGUUG